AUGAAGAUUUCGAGCCACACAUUCCUGGUCUCCGGCGGCGCCUCGGGAUUAGGUCGCGCUUGUUGCGAGGACCUUGUCGCCCAAGGCGGCCAUGUUGCUGUCCUCGACCAAAACGAGGAAAAUGGACAGGAAUUCGUGAAAACCCUAGGAUCGGCUGCCCGAUUUUUUGUAUGCAAUGUCUUGGAGAGUGAGAGCAUCGCAGCCGCUGUCCAGGGCACCGUGGAAUGGGCCAAGCAGUCUGGCAAGACCAUCGGCGGUGCCAUCACUGCUGCUGGUGUCGCCCUUCCCGCGCCUAUUGUCAACCGCCACGGCACCCCCUUUAGCAUCGAUGAUUUCGACUUUGUCGUUGGCGUAAACUUGCGCGGCACCAUUGAUCUCGCCCGCCAGACUUGCGAAGCCAUGGUCAAGACCAAGCGCGAGUCCCCGGACAGCGAUCAUGGUGUCAUCAUCAUGGUCGCAUCUUCCGCUGCAUUCGACGGGCAGAACGGCCAAGUGUCGUACUCCGCCUCCAAGGGCGCCAUCCGAUCGCUCACUCUUCCCAUGGCCAGAGAUCUCGGUCGCUACGGCAUUCGCGCCAUGACCAUUGCCCCCAGUCUGUUCGAGACGGGAAUGACGAGUGCCAUGCCGGACAAGGUGCGAAAGAACCUCGAGAACACGUUUGUCUUUCCCACGAGAUCGGGUCGCGCCCCCGAGUUUGCUUCCCUUGUUCGCCAGAUUAUUGAGAACGAGAUGCUCAAUGGUGAGGUCAUUCGCUUGGACGGUGCUUCGCGUAUGCCAAAGAUUUGA